AGCCUCGUGUGGCCUAUAACAUUACAUUGCCAAAUUGCCCUUCACGCUUGCGGUUAACACUGAUGAUCUGGUGAUGAUCAUGAGCCCACUGCCCAGAUUGUUUACACUGACGCCACUGAUGGUAGAGGCCCUCGGACCUCGGAGUAAGAUUGCCGCUGAUAUGGAUACGGACAUACCUAGAUAUAUAGCACAAAUAUGUAUGUAUGGAGUGUUUUGUUUGACCAACUCAAUGGCGCAUACCAAAGUACCCGAAAUAUCGAAUGUUGGCCAAGACAAGCUCGUUUAAUUACUCUAUUAAACUGUCAUUAGGGUGUGGAUUAUGGAUGCCAUUACAUCAGGGGCCUAAUGGGUGGCCAUCGUGGGAUCAGUGGGAAUCAGUGGAUCGACCAUUGAAGCUCCGGAAUGUUCGCCUGGUGUUGGUUUAGUCUCUUAGUGGGCAGUCUGAUGCAAGUACAUCCUGUACUUUCCGCCAGGAGCCUAGUUCCAAAUAUGGGUUACUUUAUAGAAAUGAAGGAUAUCCUUUGCGAGGCCAAUCCUGAUUACUUUAAGGACUUCUGUUGCCGAAUUCGGCAGCCAAAAAACAGAAGCUUAGAAGCCUCUGUUAAUAUUGUGCAAGUAAUAACUAAUGGAUUUACUGGAUCCCUCAGGGUUUCCAUUCCAAAUCCUAAAAAAGUUAUGACGCAAAUAUUUGAAAUCACGUUCGAUGUGUGCAAAGUUCUUCGAGAGGGAAAACGACGAAUGCUGAUCGAUCUUUUGGUCAACACUUUGGCCAGAAGCAGUAGUUCCAAAAACUUUAAAUGUCCCUUUCCGAAGGGAAAAUUUGUGUCUAAUAAUAUAACUGUUACCGACUUGCCACCCAUGUUAACGGAAUCGGACUUCCUCGUUCACCUGGACUUUUUUAUUCCGAGAGUGGCCAUUGCCAUGAAUAUCACCCUCAAUGGGCAUCUCUUUGACGUUUCCAAGGAAAGGGCCAGAAAAAGGAAGUUUCUGUGAGGCUUUAACGUUUAUCGAAUUAUUGUAUUUUAAAAUAUUCGAGAAAUAAAUUAUAUUUAAAACACUAUAAAUU